AUGGUUGUUUCUCAGCACCUGUCUGCAAAGGGUACUCUUUUCUCGAAUCCCACUGUUUACAGAUCUCUGGUUGGCGCCCUUCAAUACUUGACUAUCAUGAGCCCAGAUAUUGCUCAUGCUGUCAACUCUGUCAGUCAAUUUCUGCAUGCUCUAACAACAGACCAUUUUCUUGCAGUUAAGCGUAUUCUUCGCUAUAUCAAAGGCACCCUUUAUUUCGGCCUCAUCUUCCGCCCUUCUACUACUCCUAGUACCCUUAUUGCUUACUCUGAUACUUAUUGGGCAGGAUGCCCUGAUACUCGUCGGUCUACCUCUGGUUAUUCCAUCUAUCUUGGUGGAAAUUUGGUUUCUUGGAGUGCUAAGAAGCAAUCCACAAUCUCUCGUUCUAUCUCGGCCCCUUCUUCUAUGUGA